CAGCUCGCUCAGCCCAGCCCGACCCCAGCUGGCCCUCAGCUCGCAGCAACCCGCUCCUGGCUGAGCCUCCGUUCGCUUCUCGACGCUCCGAGCACGCUUUUUCCUUUGUUACUGCCCGCCAUCACACCCGCGGUAUUCGACGAGCGCGCUGUGUUUCACCGCGCGACACGGCAUCCUGGGACAGCAAGCGCCCGGCCUUCCUUCCCCAGACUGCCUCCUCCACACUCCCUACGCCCACGCCUAGAACUACUACGACCACGACACUGUGUGUCUGAUCCUGCCAUUCCCUCCCGUGGCCCCGCACAACGCCGUGCGCUGUAACCUGCCGCCAUGGCUACCGGGUUCGCUGCGUCCUUCUGGUCCAGCGACUAUGCGGGCGGUCUGGGGGUCCUCUUUGGGAAGCUGCAGCAGGGCGUGCAGGAGAACCAGCAGAUCAUCGCCGUUGCCCGCAUGCGAGCCGACGCCGAGGAGGUCUACGGCAACAGCCUGUCGGCCAUCUCGCCCGCCACGGACCGCGUCGGCGGGGGCUUCAGCAGAGACGAGGGCGCAAGCGUGCGCAAGGCAUACGAGGGCGUGCGCACCGAGAUGGAGGCAGCCGCUUCCAACCACAAGAAGAUUGCCUCCAACAUCCGCGAGCUCGUCGUGAACCCCUUUGGCCGCUGGUGCGAGGCGCAUGCCGCCCGCGUGCAGAACUCGCAGGACGACCUGCAAUCCCGCAUCAAGAUCCACGACCGCCAGGCCGACGCCGUGCGCAAGUUCCGCUCGCAGUACUACAACAAGUGCCGCCUGGUCGAGGACCUGGAGGAGGAGGACAAGCUGGCCUUCCAGGACCCGCAGAGCGAGGCCGCCCAGAGCCCCAAGGCCAGGGUCCCCACCAUCAAGAUGACCGAGCCCGAGGACAGCGACACUGACCCCAUCGAGCUGGGCGACGAGACGUACCAGCCCGAGCAGGUCAAGAAGAUCCUGACGCACAUGCUCGAGUCCAUCAAGAUUGGCGAGGCCAAGGUCCCCAUCCUCGGCACCUACCUCAACUGCUCCAACGGCGCCGACAUCACCGACUACAUCCAGAAGCACAUGGCUGCCACGAGCGUCAGCUACGCGGAGAGGAUUGGCCAGGACAUGGUCAACCACGGCUUUCUGCGCCUCGUCGGCAACGUGGGCAGCACCUUUGCCAACAGCUCCAGGAUGAACUACCAGUGGAAGACCAAGGCUUUCGAGCUCACCGGCGUCCCCGAGAAGAAGCAGCCCCUGACCCGCGCGUCUACCGCCCUGUCUGCCAUGUCGAACAAAUCCGCCGACAGCAAUUUCACCGUCGACACCCCCGUAGGCGCAGUCCAAGAGUACCUCCAAGGCUGGAAUCCGCUCAACAACCAAUAUCCCAACGAGACACCGUCGGAGAGGCUCAGACGAGAGGCCCGCGAAGCUGAUGAGCGCUACAAGACGUCUGUGAACAAGCUCGACUCGUUGCGCUGCAACCUGGAAGAAGCUAUGGUCGACCACCUCAAGUUCAUGGAGCGGUGCGAGUUGGACAGGCUGAAGGCCAUCAAGGCUGUCGUUCUGGACUUCUCCGGCGCCAUCAGCAAUGUCAUUCCUAGUCUACAGAGCACAGUGGACAAGAUGAUGCUGUUCCAAGAGACGGUUCAGCCACUGGGCGAUCUCCGAUACAUGCUGGAGAACUACAGGACCGGGCCGUUUGUGCCCAGGGUUACGACUUACGAAAAUUACUACAAUUCAGUUGAUGAACAAACGUUUGGUGUUGAUCUAGAAGCUCGAGCUCGCUCGGACAAGAAGCGUGUGCCCGUGCUUAUCACCACGAUUCUCACGUUCCUGGACAACCACUACCCCGACCUGGAGGGCGACGAGGCCCGCCGUGGUAUCUGGCUUGUUGACGUUCCGCUGGCGCAAACGCACAACCUGCGAGCUACCAUCAACACGGGCAAGAGAUUCAAGGACGAUGUGCUUGAAAAGUACGACGUACCGAUUGUUGCCAGCGCUCUGAAGCUCUAUCUUCUGGAACUUCCUGAUUCUCUCGUCUCGUCCCAUGUCUACGAAAUCAUCAAGACAAUCUACAGCACGACAGCCACCGAUGCGUCUGAAGAGACGCGUGUCUCCGUGCUCCAGUCUACGCUCGGUCAACUGCGUCUUGCUAACAUCGCGACUCUGGAUGCCAUCUGUACUCACUUCACUCGCCUCAUCGAGCUCACCUCAGCCGACGAGGCCUAUGUCACAGCUCUUGCCAACGCACUCGCACCAUGCGUUCUUCGCCCGAAGCAAGAUUCAAGCUUGAGCAUGAAUGAACGUUACAGCUACCGCCUCGUCCGCGAUCUCUUUGCGCACAAAGACGCGAUUUUUGGCGAGCUGAAGCGUGCCAGUACUUUGACGCACUCUUCGUCUGGUGCCCAGCGUCCGCGAGCCAUCUCGACCGACGAAAGCAACCGACGCGCAAACAUGGAAGAGCGCCAACGGGCCAUUGCCGCACAACGCUCUCCCCGAGACAAAUCGCCCGGCCCCGGUGCUCGUUCCUCGGGAACCCAUCGUCGCGACCGCAGUCAGACCCGCUUCCCCGUCAACACGGCGUCGCCAACCGAGCGGAGACCCACUCAACGCGGCUCUCUCGAAGUGCCCGUGACCGCAGAUAGUCCUGAUGCCGACGAGACCGCAACCACGAACGGCACCGUAGAGCCUACGCCUACGCCUGCGCCUGCACCUGCGCCUGCGCCUACGACUCCUGCCGCCGACCACCCAGCGCCGUCGAGCACCCGCGUGCCCUUUCCAAGAAGACAGGGCGGUAGCGGUGGUGGCAGCUUGGCAAGAGGCAACCGCGACUCCACGGGGAGUCUGAGAGGCCCCGCCAACAGAGAUUCCAUGGGGAGUCUGCGAGGCGAAGACGGUGCUGCGCCUCGUGGAGUUACACUCGAAGACCCGCCGCCGGCGCCGAGGGGCGUGACGCUCGAGGACAAGCCUAUGGAUGAUUAGUAGUCGUGCGGUCGGUUUGACUCGGAAAUUUCUUCUGUUUGGUGAGGGACGGGGUUGGGGUGGGGGAGUUGGGGACUAGGAUUAGGAGUAGGAGUAGGAUUAGGAGGUAUGAGACACGCCGCAUGGGCAAAAUUCACGAUGUCUGGACAUUGGUUUUGUGUGUUUAGUUUGGUAGCGCGCGCGCUGGUACCUGACAUGAUACUAGGUAGAUUUACCCAGAUAUGAAACGUUGAUGCACGG